AUGGGAGUUGUCAAUCAAACAACUAUAUCAGAAUUUAUUCUUCUGGGUCUUAGUGAUGAUCCAGCUCUGCAGCCUUUCAUCUUUACCCUGUUCCUGUCCAUAUAUCUGAUCACCACCUUAGGAAACCUGCUAAUCAUUCUGGCUGUUAGCUCUGACUCCCAACUACGCACACCGAUGUAUUUUUUUCUCUGUAACCUGUCCUUUAAUGACAUCUGUUUAAUCAACACCACAAUCCCAAAGAUGUUGUGGAACAUUCAAUGUGAGGAUCAGACCAUCACAUACACAGGGUGCCUCUCUCAGGUCUGCCUCAUCUUGAAUUUUGCUGGUAUAGAAAAUUGUCUCCUGGCAGUGAUGGCCUAUGACCGCUAUGUUGCUAUCUGUAACCCACUGAAGUAUACAGCUAUCAUGAACCAAUAUUUAUGUGUGAUGUUGCUGCUCUUCUCUCUGUUCCUUAGUAUUGCGCAUGCUUUGUUCCACACUUUGAUGGUAUUGCUACUGUCCUUCUGCACAGAAAAUGCAAUCCCCCACUUCUUCUGUGAGCUGGCUCAGAUCAUCAGAAUUGCCUGUUCUGAUAAUUUUAUCAAUUACAUGCUGGUAUACACAGUGUCUGUUCUAUUUUUUGGUGUUCCUGUCUUUGGGAUUAUUUUGUCUUAUAUUAACAUUUUAUCCUCAGUUUUAAGAAUGUCAUCAUUGGGAGGAAAGUAUAAAGCCUUUUCCACAUGUGGGUCUCAUUUGUCAGUUGUGUCUCUGUUCUAUAGCACAGGUUUUGGGGUGCACAUUAGCUCUGCAUUUACUGACUCUCCAAGGAAGACUGUAGUGGCUUCAGUGAUGUACACUGUGGUCACUCAGAUGUUAAACCCCUUUAUCUAUAGCCUAAGAAACAAAGAGAUAAAGAAAGCCUUCAGAAAAAUCACUAGUAGGAUACCAUUUCUUUUAUAA